AUGAAAAAAUUUCUUUUUCCAGUUUUAGCUCUGGUGGCAAAUUUUAGAACUAAAUUGCAACAUGGCUUUUCCAGAUUGUGUGAAAAUGUUUCGAAAUACUUGAUUCCAAGGCGGAAGAAGGACGGAAAUAUUUUGAAAAUGGAGGGAUCACCUCUGGGACUCGAUGAUAAACCCCAUGAACUGAAAUUGGGCUCAAGUUUCAGUACAAAAGACCAGACUUUUCACUCAAUUCGAUAUGACUUCAAGCCGGCCUCCAUGGACACAAAUCAAGUGGCCGCAGUACAAGUAGGGAAAGGAAAUGAAGUCACUGUUUCUGUGCCUCAUAUUGAGGGUGCAAGUUCGAGUCAUACAGACUUCAAAGGCAACAAACGUCCAAGUCAGAAGGAUUGUGUCCUGAUUAUAGACCAUGAGACUGGCGAGAUUAAACUGGAAAAACUGAGUUAUAUGGUACAGUUGAAAAAAACAAGGAGUGUUCCUGCAGCAUAUCGAGGACAGCAGCUUAAUCGUCCAUCAACCCCAAUAGAGCAGCCGAUAAAAACCAAGGAUGUGAAAACGUCCCCCGGCAAGACAAAAAUAGCUUCCAAGCCAACAGCGAUGGCUGCCCAUGCUCGACCGAGUCCUGUGUACAGCCGCCCGAGCCCCUCAAGUCAAGAAUCUCCUGUUCCUACUCCUGAGACAAAAAGAGCAAGUUCACCUGAUUGGUUUGAAACAGUUGAGGCUGCAUCCGUUGGCAUCAUGACAGACAGUUCAGGUAGUGAUUCCGGUUCAAGUAGCGGGAGUGACUCAGAAUCAGAAUCUGAGAAGCCACCAGCAAAAGUCGUAAAGCAUAAUCCAGUUGCCAAUGUUAAUUCCUCAGACAACUCUCACUCCAAGCACUUCAUGAGUACAUUAUGUGAAGAUCUCCAGCUCAGUGAAUCAGGAAGUGAUAGCGACUGAUUUAUAUCUCUGCGUAUGUUGAAAACUGGGGGAAUCACACUCUGGUUGCCAGAGAUGAGGUGUUUAUAUGUCUGGAGGCUGAACUCUAUCUGUUUUAUGUAGAUUUCGUCCAAGAAACCACUGUCCACAAUUCUCCAGUCUAAAAUGUUCUCUGAGCGGGUCAUUGUCUUGUCCACUGUACCCAUGUGUACUAGAUCUCUUCGAGAAUUUUUUUACGAUCACCUCCAAGGUAGAUUAUCAAAAUUGGCGCUGUUAAGUUCUUAUAACAAAUAUGUGCAUUUUAUACAUAUCUGGCAAAUACAAUGUAGUAUUAAAUUUCUGAGCCAAAAAUGGAAAUAGUUUGUGUGACAUUGAGUAGUGUUAGUGAUGUCACAGACAGCAUCUUCUGUGACAUAAUACAUUGUAAUACAAGUGAAGUCAUGAUUUGUGAGUGACGUCACAAUUUGUGUGUGACUUCACCUGUAUUGUACUUGCAUUUUGCUUGUAUCUCUGUUACUAUUUAUUGCAUGGCAGUAAAAGAAAUAUAUUCAUGAUCAGCGCAUUCAAAAUGAUUUCAACGGACAGUCACGUAAUUGAAAGCAUUUUAUUUGUGCUUUGAAAUGGUUGUUCUUGGACCAUAAAAUGGUUCAGUCAUGCCGAGACAAUGUAAUCCAUUUCGAAGCAAAUGAUCUUGUCUCUUCCAGUUCGAAGACACAAAUUCUUGCUAGUAUAUAUAUUUGUCAAAAAUGUACUAUUGUCUAUUUCAUGUUGUAAUUAUUUUCAUACCUGUACUUGGAAGAGAUAUAUUAUUAAAGUUAUUUCAGAC